GUAAGAAGGUGAUGAGGCUUAUGAUAACCCUCAUCAUCGUCACGUCCCUUUCUCUUCACGCUUCUCGAUAACUCAAUACCCAGAAUUCCGAGCACCCUCCCUUCUUCACUAUUAUCAAUUAUUCAUCCCCUCUCUCUCUCUCUCUCUCUCUCUCUGCCACGCACUGCCCUCUUCAUUUCCUUUCCUCUCUUCAAACCCCAGUCAACUUCCUUUCUUCCACAAUUCGAAUUUCACUCUAACUGUUUCAGCUCCCUCCGUACACAUAAAAAAAGCUUUUAUAUUUACUGCCCACGGCUGCUCCUCUUGAGCUCAUUCCCACCUUUAAUCGAAAACCCUUAUUUUCACUCUUCUUCAGUUGGAAAGCUGGUUUUCUCAUUCCAAAAAGGCAUGAUCAGAUAAUCCUAUUCAUCAUGUGGAUGAUGGGAUACAGCGACGGCGGCGGAGAUUUCAACACCAUCCAAGACCGCAAACUCCGCCCCCUCAUCCCCCGCCCCGCCUCUUGCCUCUCCCGCAUCCAUGGCGCCGACAUUUUCGCCCUCAAUCACCAUCUCGCAAUGGCGGAGCAAGGGAAGCGAGAUCUGACGACGCAGCAAGUGGUGGUGAGCUCGAGGUGGAACCCGACGCCGGAGCAGCUGCAGACGCUGGAGGAGCUGUACCGGCGGGGGACGCGGACGCCGUCGGCCGAGCAAAUCCAGCACAUCACGACGGAGCUCCGGCGGUACGGGAAGAUCGAGGGGAAGAACGUGUUCUACUGGUUCCAGAACCACAAGGCGAGGGAGAGGCAGAAGCGGCGGCGCCAGCUGGAGUCGUAUCCCGACGUCGAGCAGGCGCAGAGCAAUCAGCAAGAAAACGGAGAGAAGAGAGAAGAAGCGGCAGCGAAUACGACACUAUUUGAAGUUGAACACACCAAGGACUGGCCAUCUCCUACUCACUCUACUACACCUGCUGCUGCUGCUGCUGCUCAGAAAAGUGGAGAGGCAGAGGCAGAAUGUAAAGCAGAUGAUGGAUGGGUACAGUUCGAAGAGGAGGCAGAGCUGCAACGGAGAAGGAAUGCCACGUUGCAGAUGAUGAAUUUGUCUUGUUCUUCUUCAUCAUCCUCUUCCGCCCCCACUUCCACUAUUCCUUCUACACUUGCUACUAUGCAAUUCAACCCUCAAGAUUUCUUCAACAUUUUCUUCCAACCCUACGACCACUCCUCCUCCCCCGCCGCCGACGCACAGACCCUCCAGCUCUUCCCCCUUCAGAGCGACACCGACUGCCACCGCCGCCAGGAUAUUCCGGAUGCUGUUUCCCUCAAUAAUAUUGCUGCCCCUUUCCAGUUUUUCGAAUUCCUUCCUUUAAAGAAUUGAAAAUUAGGGUUUUCUCCAAAUUGAACUUAAUUUGCUUCUCAAUUUAAUGUAUUAUGAUAUGAUGAUAUGCAAUGGAAUUUGUGCUUCUUUCUUGGUUUUA